AUGGCGAUGCAGAACAUUCUGAUUUUGAGUUUAGUGUGGGUUUAUGCUUUAAAUCUGCAGCUGAGUUUAGAGAGGCGAUUAGAACUUAUUCUACUAAACAAGCAAGGCCUUUGGUUUUUAGGAAGAACUGCAGUAACAAAGUUCAAGGCUUUAUUCGCUAAGCAUUGUAGCUCCAAGUAUCUCGCUAACAAGUACGUAAGUCAUUUGAGAAGUAAUCCCGAGUGGCCUGUCAACUCAAUGCUAGAAAUAAUGCAGAUGGAAUGCAAAACUAAUCUGACAAUUUCGAAGAUGCACAGAACAAAAAAACAGGCAUUGAAAUUGAAUGAGGGAACAGAGGCCCAACAAUAUGCCAAACUGUGGGAUUACAUUGAAGAAAUGAAGACAAAAAAUCCCGACACCACCAUCAAGGUUAAAUGUAAAAGUGCGAUGGAUUCUGAAACCGCAACUUUUAAAGCAUUAUACAUUUGUUGGGGUGCUCUCAAGAAGGGUUUUUUAGCGGGAUGCAGACCGAUCAUUGGCUUGGAUGGGACUCACUUGAAAACUGCCAAAGGAGGUGUUUUGUUAACUGCAAUUGGUGUUGAUGGCAAUAAUUGCAUGUACCCCUUUGCAUAUGCUAUGGUUAUCAAGGAAAAUACCAAAACAUGGGAAUGGUUUGUAAGUUUACUUAUUGAUGACUUGGGAAUUAAAAAUAGUUUUGGGUAUACGAUAAUUUCUGACAAGCAGAAGGGUCUGAUUAAGGCGAUUGAGAAUUUAUUACCCAAUUCUGAACAUAGAUUCUGUUUGAGACACAUGUACAACAACUUUAAGAUGAAGCACAAAGGAUUAGCUUUGAAAGACUUGUUGUGGAGGGCUGCUACAUCGACUAGAGUGGCGGACUUUAACAGAGUGAUGGAGGAAUUUAAAAAAGUUGAUUCUGCCGCAUUUGAUUGGUUGAAAGGGAAAUCUCCUAUGAAUUGGUCUAGAUCCCACUUUAGUACUUGGCCUAAGUGUGACAUGCUAUUGAACAACUUGUGCGAAAGUUUCAACAGGGUGAUUAUGAAAGCUAGGGAUAAGCCAAUAAUUACAAUGUGUGAGAUAAUCAGAUUACUGUUGAUGAAGAGAAUUCAUGUGCAAAGGGAUAAAGUUUUGAAGUCUAAAGGUAUUCCCUGUGUUCAUGGCAUUGCUUGUAUAUUCCACAAUAGAGCUAAGGUGGAAGAUUAUGUAGAUAAAUGGUAUACCAAAGAUACAUUUUUUAAGGCAUAUGAGCAUGUGAUGGAACCUGUAAGAGGUAGGGAGGAGUGGCCACAUUCAAAUUUAAAACCAUUGGUACCAUGGAUUUUAGAGACCAAAAAGCUUGGAAGGCCAUGCAAAUAUGCAAGGAAGAAAGAACUGGAUGAGUUAAUAAUCCAGCAAGAGAUUGGGAAAAAAAUGAGAAAAGGAGGAUCUAAGUACAUGUGCUCGAAAUGCGGAAGAGUUAAGAAGAAAGUUGCUACAUCUAAUCAGCCUCUUGAUUCAAACAUUAAUGUUGGUGUAAAUGUUUAUUAA